AUGCUCCGCGCCCUGCGGCGGCUCUUGCGCAUGCGCACCCCCCCAGCCCCCUCAGCUGGACUACAUUUCCCAGCAGCCCGGGCGGGGGCGGCGCAGUUGCGCGCGGGGCCCGGGCGGGGGCGCUGCGGAGCGUCCCUCGCGCCGCUCCGUACAAAGCGGCGGGGGGAGGGGGCGCUUCCUGUUUGUCUCCGUCCGAGCGGAGGAGCGGCCAUGGCGGCGGCGGGCGGCGGCGGGGGCCCCGGGCCCGGUGGGGGGGGCCGGCGCGGAGCCCGCGCGGCGGCCACCAACAUCCUGGCGCAGCUACGGCACGGGCAGCUCAGCGGCUGCGGCCUGACGCGGGGGGCGCAGAUCACAGAGGCCUUGUUAAAGGAAAGAGAUAAACAAGCAAAAUGGAAUGGGAUUCCUUUACUGUUGCAAAAGCUGUAUGAACAUAGCCACCCAAACAGCGAUUUCUCCCAGUGCCAAAGCAUCUUAAAGGAAAUUUCUCCGCUUCUUUCAAUGGAAGCCAUGGCAUUUGUUACAGAAGAUAGAAAAGCUGCUCAAGAGUCCACUUUCCCAAAUACAUAUACAUUUGACUUAUUUGGAGGAGUCGAUCUUUUAGUAGAAAUUCUCAUGAGACCUACUCUUAUUACACAGAAAAAGAAACAGAAAAUAAGCGAUGACCUCAUCAAGGACUGUUUAAGCAUACUGUACAACACGUGUAUAUGUACGGAAGGAGUCACAAGGCGAUUGGCGGAAAGAAAUGACUUUGUAUUGUUCCUGUUUACACUGAUGACAAACAAAAAGACAUUCCUCCAAACUGCAACGCUCAUUGAAGAUAUCCUGGGAGUUAAAAAGGAAAUGAUACAACUGGAUGAUAUUCCCAAUCUCGCGAGCCUUGUGUCCAGUUUUGAUCAGCAGCAGCUUGCGAACUUCUGCAGGAUCCUCGCCGUCACAAUUUCUGAGCUUGACACAGGAAGUGAUGACAAGCACACGCUUCUAGCCAAAAAUGCCCAGCAGAAAAAAAACUUGGGUCCUUCUCGAGCUGAAAUUAAUCAAGCUACACUUUUGAAUAUUCCAGGCUUCAUUGAGCGAUUGUGCAAACUGGCAACACGGAAGGUGUCUGAAACAACAGGUACUUCCAGCUUCCUCCAGGAGCUGGAAGAAUGGUACACCUGGCUGGACAAUGCACUAGUACUUGAUGCACUGAUGAGAGUGGCAAAUGAAGAGGCAGAGCAGAGCAGUACAGAGUCUUCGGAUGAAAGUGGAUUGGCCAACACCUCAACACGAACACAGCUUCCACAGUCCAUGAAGAUCAUGCACGAGAUUAUGUAUAAGCUGGAGGUGUUGUAUGUUCUCUGCGUGCUGCUCAUGGGGAGACAAAGGAAUCAGGUUCAUAAAAUGAUAGCAGAGUUCAAACUGAUUCCUGGCCUCAAUAACUUGUUUGACAAACUGAUCUGGAGAAAGCAUUCGGCAUCAGCCCUUGUUCUGCAUGGACACAAUCAAAAUUGUGAUUGUAGCCCAGACAUCACUUUAAAGAUACAGUUCUUGAGGCUUCUUCAGAGCUUUAGUGAUCACCAUGAGAACAAGUAUCUCCUUUUAAACAGCCAAGAACUUAAUGAGCUGAGUGCAAUCUCCCAUAAAGCCAACAUCCCUGAAGUUGAUGCAGUUGUCAACACAGACAGGAGUCUUGUCUGUGAUGGGAAGAGAGGUUUGUUGACCAGACUGCUUCAGGUCAUGAAGAAGGAACCAGCUGAAUCCUCCUUCAGGUUUUGGCAAGCAAGGGCAGUUGAAAGUUUUCUGCGAGGCACCACCUCCUAUGCAGACCAGAUGUUCCUGCUAAAGAGAGGACUCCUGGAGCAUAUUCUCUACUGCAUUGUUGAUAGUGAGUGCAAAUCACGAGAUGUGCUUCAGAGUUACUUUGACCUUCUGGGAGAACUGAUGAAAUUCAAUAUUGAUGCAUUCAAGAGGUUCAACAAGUACAUCAACACAGAUGAGAAGUUCCAGAUAUUUUUAAAUCAGAUCAACAGUUCAUUGGUUGACUCAAACAUGCUUGUUCGCUGCAUUACGCUGUCCCUGGACCGAUUUGAGAAUCAGUCUGAUGCUAAAGUUGCAGAAGUCCUGUCAGAGUGUCGCCUGUUAUCAUAUAUGUCCCAGAUGUCCAUGAGAAUGUCCUUUCUUUUCCGUCUCAUUAAUAUUAUUCAUGUACAGACACUUACACAGGAAAAUGUCAGUUGUUUGAACACAAGUUUAGUUAUCCUAAUGCUGGCCCGAAGGAAAGAAAAGCUACCUUUUUAUCUGCGCACUUUGCAACAGAUGGAAUAUACAGAAAAAUACCCAGGCUUCAUCCUGAACAACUUCCACAGUCUCCUGCGAUUCUGGCAACAGCAUUACCUCAACAAGGAUAAAGAUAGCACCUGCCUAGAAAAUAGCUCAUGUAUUAGUUUUACCUACUGGAAAGAGACUGUAUCUAUACUGCUCAGUCCAGACCGGACAUCCCCCUGUGCCAUAGUUAGCUACAUCGACGAGGCAUAUAUGGACAUUGACAGAGACUUUUCUGAGGAGUAAUUCUUCGCUCUGGCUUCUGAUGGACAGCGCUUGGAGGGUACCUCGCAGCCCGUGGAUUUUCAGGGAUACGCUGUGUAGUGUGUGUGUGCGCGUGUGCGGCUUGGAACCGUGGAGCGUUACUGCAUUGUCAAAACCCCAGCCCCCUCCCGGUCCCCAUCUCUGAUCUCUCAUGGAUGAGACUUUGAAAGCUCUCUGGGCAACACAUUCAGGGAUGUAUCUUCCAGUUGUUCUGGGAUAAAAAUAAUCACCUGCAAAAACCAGCCUCUUUAUUUUUAUUUUUUCUCUCUCUCAGUCCAGCGUGACUGGUCAGAGAUUUUUUUGGUGACAGAUGAGGAUACUCUGUAUGUGCCAAUUUAGUUGUGGCUCUCUUUCAUGGCUACCAGAGUUAGCAAGUCAAAAAGCACAGAAAUUGCCCUCCAAAUGUGAGGUCCAAGGAGCCAGUCUGACUGGGACCCCGACACACCAGCCACGGGCAGAGCCACCACGAGGACUCCCUUCAGGUGUAACUCUUCUGUUGGGGUUUGGAAUCAGGGGUUUAGGGUUGGUUAGAGUGUGAGUGUGUGUGCGCGUGUGUGUGCUUUUAAUUCCUGAGAGCCCUAGCUCCAGUCACCUCUCUACCAUCUACUUUUGGAUCAUUUGGUACUAAAUGUCUGUGCGUUAGGAGAGAACCUGUGCUCCUGCUGUCUUUCCUGCAGAUCCUUCCCAUCUGAAGGCGUUUUACAAUGCUGCGGAGAACAGAGACACUUCAGCAGUGGCGGAAUUGCAACAGGGGUUGGCUUUUUCACGGAGCACUAGCAUUAAAAUGUACUAAUUUUUUAAACUUGCGGCUUGUCCCUUCUUGGGUAACUAAUCUGGUUUUAAAAUCCUUUUCAGGACCAUUGCUCUUGAUGCUAACCUGCUAUGCCUGGAAGUCUUAUGUCAGUCUCUGCUUUCAGUCCUUAAUAUCAAUACACACAUUAAUCUUGAAGUGCAAUAUUUACUGGAGAUGUCAGUUUUUUCCUGGAUCUGUUUUAAUCAGAAUGUGCUAAAUGCUGGGAAUAAACACUCCUGGUUGAAAGUAACUUUGUAGGAUAUGUUGGGAAGGGGGGCAGUCGGGUUUUGGCAGUCCUCAUUGCCAAACCUGCACAUGCCCUGCCUGCUCACCAACGUUAAUUGUGUUGCUCCAAGACAGUCCAGUUCCCAGGAACGAAAUACAGUCUGAAGUCCUGAGCCACUGCAUUUAAAUCAAAAAAUAUGCGUCUUGCAGCUCCAGCUAAAAGAAACCAGUUUUCUUUGAAACAUGCAUCUGAAUUUUUUUAAAUUUUCUUAACUUAUUUAGAGAUGACUUGACUUCAGCUCUGUCCAGGCUCUGGAGAGGGACCGGGGGCAAGGAUUGUCCCAGAGCUGUAGCAUUUUGUCUCUAAUCGUUGCCAGCAGAAUGAAACCCGCUCCGAGGCUCCCUGUGCUGGGGCCUGGAUGAGCGAACGAGGCUUCGAGCCCCCGGGGCAGGACUUGCUCUCUAAAAGUCACCCUUCUCCUCUCGCUUAUCUCACACUUCGGUGUCCUGCUAUGGACUUGCAAUCAGUACUUUGCUUGCAGGGUGGUCAGAGCUGCUGAGCUUGUGCAUAAACCUGGAGCCUUGCAGGAGCUCCGGGGGAUCCCCGCGUCCCUCCCGGGGGGGCUGAAUCCCCUGCCCUGCUCCAGUGAGGUUACCCUGGUCGCACCCCUGGUGUCGGGGAGCUCCUUGCUACGGCAGCUGCAACUCUCUGUUCUUCAUCAGGUCACCCCCACCCUGCCCCCUCCCUCCCCUGAGCUAAUUUCUUUCUCAUCUGUACUUUUUUUGUUCUUGGGUAUUUGUGUUUUUGGUGUAUCUUUGCUUCUUCUUAACUGUAAUAGAUGUACACUUAAAAUAAAUGCUUCAAAUUAAAAGGCUUUUAAGUUAAGGGAUGCCUUUUCCAUAGUCUAGUUAAUUGGUGCAUCCAAUGAUUGCUGCUAUAAACCUGCAGAGUCUCAUUUACAUCUCUGUAUUUAUGUAACGUACAGUUAGGGGCCAAGCUGUGCCUGUCCUUGGCUAUCGGCCUGCGUGAGGCUGAGCCGAAACCUCGCCAGCCUGCCUUCUGGCUGCCGCUCUCUCCUCCCCAGCGUGGGAGCGCGGUGACUUUUGGGUCCUCGCCUGCUAGAGGCAGCUUGGCUUUGCUUUCGCCUUCAGGCUGACGCAGGAGGCCGGCUUGGCUGGCUGCAGAGAAGGGCACAAGAAAGAAACCCGGAGCAGCUCCUCGCAGGAGGGAGCACGCUGGUCUCCAGGGGAAAGGCCCUGCCUGCAGCGGGCAGGGGCACGAGCGUGCCGAGAGGGUCACAGGCACAUUUUAACUGGGGGCCAUGUUCCUGUGGCUCAGCUGUCUGUGCCAGAUGCCUCAAGAAUCUCAUUUUGAGAGGGACCGGACAGCUCUGUCCUUCAUCCUUGUUUUGUCUUAUUUAUGGAGAGCACGGGGAGGAAGCGUCCUGCGUGGUGCCGGGGAGAGCUCGCUGGCUUCAGCGGAGGUGGCAGCAGGCUGCGCGCUGGGACGGGGGUG